ACCGAAUACCUCUGCUCUCCCACCUUGACCGAAGCAAAUACAGACAUGGCUACAUUCUAUACGGAUUGGACCCAAUACCUCUGCUCUCCCACCUUGACCGAAGCAAAUACAGACAUGGCUAAUACAGACAUGGCUACACUCUGUGCGAAUCAGACCGAAUACCUCUGCUCUCCCACCCUGACUGAAGCAAAUACAGACAUGGUUACACGUUGUGCGGAUCAGACCCAAUACCUCUGCUCUCCCACCUUGACCGAAAAUACAGACAUGGCUACAUUCUAUACGGAUUGGACCCAAUACCUCUGCUCUCCCACCCUGACCGAAGCAAAUACAGACAUGGCUACAUUCUGUGCGAAUUGGACCCAAUACCUCUGCCCUCCCACUUUGACCGAAGCAAAUACAGACAUGGCUACAUGUUGUGCGGAUCAGACCCAAUACCUCUGCUCUCCCACCUUGACCGAAGUAAAUACACACAUAGAAUCGACAGAAGAACUCACCUCUACACGUCGUGCAGAAGAAAAUUCACCUCUCUGGCUGCCUGGUUACUCUAAUGGUUACUUAACGAAUGGCUUAGCAGACCAAUAUAUCGGUGAGGAUAUCUCUACAAGGAAACGAGGAAGCUCGAAUGAUGAAUCAGAAGAUGGUAUAUCAUCCAAAAGGGCCCGAAGAAUAGAAGAGGAAUUUCAAGACCUACUUCCGCUGCACUUUGGUGGAGACAGCACAGAGGAAGAUAACUUACUGGCAUCAAUUAAUUUGGAGAAAUGGGACUGGGGAAGCACGAGAAUGGUGGAAGCCACCAACAUAGACCUAGAUACAAUUGGUACAGCUGAUAAUGACAACAACAGCAUCAACACUGAUCCACUCGCAUGGGAAAUAAUAGUUCCCGAAGAGGCAGAAGCGGUGACCCCCAUCCACCGUCAAACGUUUCAGAUUAUAGAAUGUCAGAACAAAGAGGAAACAGAACCAAGAGAGAGUAGUAAAAGAUGGACGAAUUGGGAAGGGAAGCCUAAAUAUAAUUAUAAAAAACAUAAAGGUCAGUUUGUGUUUCACAAGGGAGAAGCCAAAGAUGCAGAAACGAUACAACAGUUAGAGCAAAGCAAAGCCGCGCUAAACGAAAGCUUUAGUAAAAGCGAAGCGUGUAAAUUAGGAAAAAUGCUUCAAGACAGACAUACGUCUUCGCUAGCCAGAAAAUGCAUUGGAAACUAUCGUGUUGACCAGGCUCGACGGAUGUAUGAGCUCUAUAAAGACUGCACCGAAGAAGAAAUGAAAGAUGGUUGGAGCCCAAGCUCCAUUUGGAAGCGCCCAAAGAAAGACAUACUGGAGGAACAGCAACGACGAGCUACGUUAAAAGCGGCUCAAAUGAUAUAG